AUGGGGAAACCGUUCCAAAAAGUUCAUGCCUCUAUAGUAGGCAAGUUCGAAGACGGUGUCGGUGAAAAGAUCCCACAGUGGAUUCGGGCAAAUGGAGGGCAGUUCUCGAGAGACGUGAACCCCCGAAUCACCCAUCUCAUUGCUACAAAGGAGGCCUUCAAAAGCAAUGCAGUUCCAGUGCAAAAUGCUACGAAGCUCAGCACCGUCAAGAUCGUCUCAUACGAUUGGCUUGAAGACUCGCUGCUAUCAAACACCCGCCGCCCAAAACCCGAGGGACCAUAUCUUCUGAAGAACCUUAUGAAGCCCGAGAAAAAGGAAGUCCAGAAGAAAAAAGUAACACCGAAGUCCUCAAAAGUGGCCAAGGAGAUCAAAGGAAAUAUUCCAAAGCGUCGGACAGUUGAUCCUUUCCUCGCUACAAAGGGCAAAAGAAAGCCCGUGCGUCAGGUGUACCAAGACCGAAAGACAAAUGUGGUUUACAGUACCACCUUGUUCCGCCAAUCGAAACCAACGGUCAUCAGCAGAGAAAAGUACCAAUUGACACUCUUCGAAUCCAUCGCCAAACCACACACCUACUCGACAUACGCCAAAUUCAGCCGCGUUGGGACGUCCAAUGUCGAACUUCUAGCGGGACCAAGGUGCAAACUUGAGGUUGCCGUGGAAAAGUUCAAGCAGUUCUUCAAGGAACAGACUGGCAAGGAAUGGGAUAACAGGGCAAAAGGGAAGAUGCCACCCCCAAAGAGAGAUGUGGACGGAAACAGCUUGCCUGUUCACGAGGGUUGGUUCUAUCUUGAGGAAAAGACGUCUAUUCUUGGUGCCUUCCUGAGGGAACCCCAAAGCACCGGUUGUGGGGAAUCGACUGGCCGCAUCACCUCCGAUGGUACCGAGGAGCAUGGUGUCGAAGAUGGUGUCAAGGACGGUAUGGAGAACAAGAUAGCAGAUCACCAAGUUAAAGGUGCGAGCGAAGAUGGGGGCGAAGCUGAUGAUGGUGAGGAGGAGGAGGACAAAGAGGAGGAAAUGGAGGAAAUUGAUAAGUAG